GGGGGAGGGGGUGGACGGGGACGACGGGUAGGGAGCUCGCGCAGACGAGGGUAGGGAGCUCGCGCAGACGAGGGUAGGGAACUCGCGCAGACGACGAGUAGGGAGCAUGCGCAGACGACGAGUAGGAAGGGGGAAGGGGCGGGGGCGAACGAGGGUGGGAGGAGACUGUCGCGUUGUGCUCUCCCUCGCGUGUUGUGCUCUCCCUCGCGCGUUGUACUUUCCCUCGCGUGCUGUGCCCUCCCUCGCGUGUGUCGCUCUCCCUCGCGUGUGUCGUUCUCAUAUUGACGACCCUCGCCUCUCAUAUGCCCGACCCCGCACUCCAUCGACCCCUCCCUCGUCAAGUCGCCCCCUACACUCCUUCAGUCGACCCCUGCACUCCUUCAGUCGACCCCUCACUCGUCAAGUCGCCCGCGCUCGUCCGGUCGCCUCUCACUCGUCAAGUUGCCCGCGCUCAUUCAGUCAAUUCCCGACUACGGAAGCCGCCUCCCCUUCCCCACCUGCCCACCCCACCUCCCUCUCCUUCUUUGACCCCAACCCUCUCAUCCCCACCUCCCUCCCCACCACUAUCCCUCUUUGACCUCCCUCUCAUCCUCCUCCCCCCACUUCCCUCUCCCUCACGGUCACGCCGCACGCUCGACACGGCGGUGGCGCUGCAGCUCGACACGGACCUGGUCGCACCGUACGCUCGAAACGGCGGUCGCGCUGCCUGCUCGACACGGCGAUCGCACUGCACGCUUGACACGGACCUGGUCGCACUGCACGCUCGACACGCUCCUCGUCUUGCCCGCUCGACACGGACGGUCACGCUGUAUGCUCGACACGGCGGUCGCGCCGCAUGCGCGAGAGGCCGGUCGCGCCGUACGCUCGACACGGCGGUCGUCUUGCCCGCUCGACACGGCGGUCGUUUUGCCCGCUCGCCCCGCUCCUCACCUUGCCUGCGCGACACGGACCUGGUCGCCCUGCCCGCUCGACACCGCGGUCGUCUUGCCCGCUCGACACGGCGGUCGUCUUGCCUGCUCGACACGGCGGUCGCGCCCUCGAGAGGCCGGUCGCGCUGUAUGCUCGACACGGCGGUCGCUCCGCAUGCUAUGCUCGACACGGCGGUCGCGCUGCCCGCUCGAGACGGCGGUCGCACUGCAUGCUCGACACGGCGGUCGCGCUGCAUGCUCGAGACGAAGGUCGCCCUGCCUGCUCGAGACGGACCUGGUCGCCCUGCCCGCUCGACACGGCGGUCGCGCUGCAUGCUCGACACGGCGGUCGCGCCGUACGCUCGAGACGGCGGUCGUCUUGCCCGCUCGACACGGACCUGGUCGCACCGUACGCUCGACACGGCGGCAGGUCGCGCUGUAUGAUAGCGCGACACGGACCUGGUCGCACUGCCCGCUCGACAGCUGCAUGAUAGCGCGAGCCGGAGGUCGCGCUGUCCCUCCUUUGACUCAGAGUGUGU